AUGGUCAGUGACUACUUCGAAGGGUCAGCCUUCAAGGGCAGUAUGGGGAGUAUUGCCUGUAUUGCAUGGAAAGGAGACACCCUAGUUCUGGGAGAUGUAGAUGGAAACCUCAAUUUUUGGGACCUAAAAGCUCGUCUUUCAAGGGCUGUACCUACACACCGCGGGUGGGUGAAGAAGAUUCGUUUUGCUCCUGGGAAAGGCAACCAAAAACUCUUGGUGAUGUACACAGAUGGAGCUGAGGUCUGGGAUACCAAAGAGGUGCAGAUGGUGAGCAGCAUCAGAGUGGGGCGGAAUGUGAAUUAUAGGAUUCUGGAUAUUGACUGGUGUACAUCAGAUAAAGUGGUGCUGGCAUCAGAUGACGGCUGCGUGAGAGUGCUGGAGAUGGCCAUGAAGUCUACCAGUUAUAGAAUGGAUGAGCAGGACCUGACAGAUUCAGUAUGGUGUCCCUAUCUCCUAUUGCCACGUGCUGCUCUCACACUGAAGGCCUUCCUGAUACUGCAGCCAUGGUCCAAUACAUUCACCAUGGACAUUACUCAUGUGUUUCAGCUGGAGCGUGUUCGUCUACAAGAAGUGAAACGAUCCAGCUAUGAACACACUAAAAAGUGUGCUGACCAGCUCCUGCUGCUGGGACAGAGGUUUCAGCUGGAGCGUGUUCGUCUACAAGAAGUGAAACGAUCCAGCUAUGAACACACUAAAAAGUGUGCUGACCAGCUCCUGCUGCUGGGACAGACGGACCGUGCAGUGCAGUUGCUUUUGGAGACCAGUGCAGAUAACUCCAGCUACUACUGUGACUCUCUCAAAGCCUGUCUGGUUACAACCAUCACCUCAUCCGGCCCGUCUCAGAGCACCAUUAAACUGGUGGCCACAAACAUGAUUGCCAGUGGCAAACUGGCAGAGUGUGUGCAGUUGCUCUGCCUGAUCGACAAAGCAGCAGAUGCUUGUCGUUAUCUGCAGACGUAUGGAGAGUGGAACCGUGCUGCCUGGCUGGCAAAGGUGCGUCUGAACCCAGCAGAAAGUUCAGAUGUGCUGAAGCGCUGGGCAGAGCAUCUGUGUUCUCCUCAGGUAAAUCAGAAAUCAAAGGCCAUCCUGGUCCUGCUCUCAUUAGGAUGCUUUCACAAAGUGGGCGAGAUGCUUCACAGCAUGAGAUAUUUCGACCGUGCUGCACUCUUUAUUGAAGCCUGCUUGAAAUAUGGUGUGAUGGAGACAAAUGACGACAUUAAUAAGUUUAUAGGUGCGGCCUUUGUGGACUACGCUAAGAUGCUUCGCUCCAUCGGGCUGAAACAGGGUGCUGUGCUAUGGGCGUCUCGAGCUGGAGAGGCGGGAAAGGAGCUGCUGGAUGAGCUGUCCCAAAUAGAGGGUAUGGGGCUAGAGUCCAGCCCUAGUGAGGAGGAAGUGGAUAACUCUCUAGGGAAUAUAGAAUGACUUGCCCCAAGUACACCAUGGGGGAAAGGAGAGAAUGUGUAAAGAAAACUUAAAUAAAGAAGAUGCAUGAUAUCUUCAAAACUCGCUCCCAUAAGCUUAUAGCAUGCAGGUAGUUGAGAAACACAAACAUCUUUUCAUUCAGAUUAUUUGUCUGGAUUCUUGGUUAUCUUUUAAAAUUCUCUGCUGGUUGUGAGAUGUGUUGUACCCCAAAACAUUCCCUUAGCACCUGUUAUCCUGCUGUAAUGUAUUCCAAACCUGUUUUUGCACUUACUUUAUCAACUAAACAUUGUCAUAGUGAAUUAAAACAAUCUAAAAUAAUAAUGAUAAUUAACAAAAAUACAUUUUGAAAAUCUGUAAAAUUAGUUUAUACGUGUUUGACAUGAAAUAUGCUUAAAAUUUCAGAUUAGGGAAUAAUUUAAAGAU